UCGCCCUGGUUCCGGUUCCUUAUCAAACAGCCACUAAACGGCCCCAGACUAGGGAUUGUCCAAUAGCGAAGGUACGAGGGCGGAACAUGUAGUCAUAGAGCUAGGGUUACAUCUGUAACUACUGUUUCUCAAGAAAUGAAAGUAACGUACGCGCCUGAAGUGAACACCACCUGUCAGUUUCCACCAUUUCCACGGACAACACGGACUUCUCAGCAGACAUGGCCACCGCCAGCAGCCUCCUAUAUGAAGAACAACUCCUGUGUUCAAUCUGUCUGGAUGCGUUCAAUGAACCUGUCUCCACUCCAUGUGGACACAACUACUGCAAGUCUUGUAUCACAGGGUACUGGGCCAGCACUGACCUGAUACAUUGUCCACUCUGUAAGAAGAAGUUCCGCAAGAGACCUCAGCUUCAGGUCAACACAGAGUUCAGAGACAUGGUGGAGCAAUUCAACAACAUGAAGGUGAGGGGGGAAGAUGACAUCCCUGCCAAACCAGGGGAGGUGCCCUGUGACAUCUGCCUUGAGCCAAAGCGCAAAGCACAGAAGACGUGCCUGGUGUGUUUGGCCUCAUACUGCCAGACUCACCUGGAGCCUCAUCAGAGAGUCCCAACCCUUAAAAAGCACCAGCUGAUUGGUCCUGUGUCAAACCUUGAGGACAGGGUGUGUAAGAAGCACGACAAGAUGUUUGAGUUCUUCUGUUACGCAGACCAGGCGUGUAUUUGUUCCAUGUGCCUGAAAGACGGCCACGCAACACAUGAAGCCGUCCCAUUAGAGCAUGCGUUCAGAGAGAGGAAAGCCCAGGUGGACUACAUGAUGUCAGAGAUAAAAGUGAUGGAAAACACAAAAUCCAGGAGUAUUAAGGAAAUUGAAUACUUAGUUGAACAGAACAAAAGAAGGUCAGAGAAAGAGAUCGCAGACAUUUCUGAUAUUUUCACUGCUCUGCUGGUCUCUCUGCAAAGAAGCCAGGCUGAGCUGAUUGAGGUGAUCCAGGAGAAGCAGAAAGCAGCACGGAAGGAGGCUGAAGACCACCUGACAAAGCUGGAGCAAGAAGUCGCUGAGUUGAGGAGGAAAAGAUUUGAAGUGGAACAACUCUUACAAACAGACGACCACUUCAGCCUCCUGCAGAGCUGGCUGUCUCUCUCACACACCGAGGGCAUAUUUGACCCUCUGUCCCACUCCAUCCCUCCAUCUACACCAGACUUCUCUGACAUGAAUCAGCAGAGUUAUGUGGGGAUGGUGAAAAAAGCAGUGGCUCAGAUGGAAAAGAUAGCCAGUAAUGAGAUGGAGAUGCUCAUUCAUGAGGUCAGGUUAUCUGAUGGUUGUGAGGCCACUGAACAGCCUGAUGCAGUUGAAGAACGUACAACAGAUGAGUUUGUCAGAGAAGUGUGGACUCCACCUCAGGACAAGCUGAUGAUGAUCCAGCAGUGUCAUGCAGUGGAUGUGACUCUGGACUCCUACAUGGCCCAUUCCAGCCUCGUGGUGUCUAAGGAUGGGAAACAACUGAGAUUUGGUGAAGGCCUACUGCAUUUUUUUACAUCUUUAUUUUGGGCAAGACCUGCAGGCCAACCUUUAGUUCUUGGGAAAGAGGGUUUUAGCUCAGGCAGGUUCUACUAUGAGGUUCAGGUCAGUGGGAGUAAAGGUUGGGUACUGGGAGUGGUUAAAGAGCCCAUUAUCAAGGAGAAGGGUUUCACUCCCACCUUGAAAGAUGGAGGCUGGACACUUUGUGGCGUGUACAAUGAAUUCAAAGAGGAAUGUUUUGCUAACUCUGAUAGGUCCUCUCUCGUGUACCUGGGGCAAAGGCCCCAGACAGUUGGUGUGUUUGUUGAUUAUGAGAAAGGAGAGAUCUCUUUCUAUGACGUGGACGCCAGGACUCUGAUCCACUCCCAAACAGGAUGUGCCUUCAUUGAGAACCCAUCAGCUUUCAAAGCUUUUCUCCAUUACAUGACUGGCACAUCCUCAAAUAACAGACGAAAGCUCUACCCUGUUUUUGGUUUCACUAAUGAUGACUCUGACAACAUGCUCAAAAUCACUCCUGUAGUCUGUGCAACUUAAAGUGAGGAAAGGCAUUAAUUUGGCAUCACUGGGCAAAAAUCCCACGAUAAACUUGGAGCAUGUUUUAAUUUAAGUGGACUGAGAGGAAAUUAGGCUUCUGCACCUCCUCUUGGCUCUGUUGUUAGACUUAAGAUAAUCUAGGUUGUGACAGGAGACUUCAAUCACAGGUCAUUUCAGAGAGAGGGCAUUUAUAUGGGCUGUUCUACAAAUGCAGAUGCAUUUCUAUGUCCCUUCAGAUGGCAAAAGCCUGAUUCAGUGCAUUUAAUUCUGCGGAGGAAGUUGCUAUUCCAGCAUUGGCAGCAGUACCUACACUGCAAAGCAACGCCAAAAAAGAGAAGAUGGCAUCAAAAAGAGGAAAAGAUUCUAAAAUUAAAUGAAACAAACCAUGUGUCAAUUGUGGCAAGAAGAUGUUGCUAAUAGUUCAGCCUUCUGCUGACAGUAGCCAAAGGCUACUUCAAAUUCAUGUUUAAGUAGCUAAUGUUAGCUAGAGCCUUAAAUCACAGUGUGACCUCCGCCUCGCUCCUCACUGCUACAGACCACCUUGCUGGGAGGAGAGCUGCAGUGGCCCCAGAGACAGACCCCAGCCAGUGGCUGCAGCAACUUGACCUCAGCCAGUGAUGGGGGACUGGACUGCUCCGAGUCACCGACUCUAUUGCUGGUGUUACACAAGUUAGAUCCAGUGCUGCCGCUGCCAGAGACUGUGUCAUAUGAAUUAUCUGUGAGCUGUAAAUUCACCACUUCCAAGCAGAAAAGAGAAGAUAAUGUUGUUUUGAAGCCUUUGGGUGCAAAGUUUCUCCUCCUCUGCUCUGUACCAAAGAGGAGCAUGAAAGUCAAGAGCGGUCACUCCGUAGCAAAAUCUAGGGACCAAAACGUCCCUAGAAUGACACUGCACAGGACACUGACUAGCAAAAAAACCCCCCAAAAAACAAUCUAAGUCUUGACUUGAAGCAAUUUCAGUCAACUGAGGGGUCUCCCACUGAUGACUCAAAUCUUUGACUUUCAAGAGACAGCCCUGAUAAAUCAUGUAUGAGAUUACUGUACUACUGCUGUUAUUGGGUCACUGGAUGAAGCAUGAGGGAAAGCUGGAGGGAAAGGGUGUAUUUUCAAAUUCUGCUGUCUUUUGUUUAUGUGUUUUUGCAGGGAAAUUAGAGUGUAACUUCUACCGAAAAGCUUUCUCAUUUCUGAUUUCUUGAUUCAUAUAUCCGCUCUGUUUGUUAGUACAACUCACUGCAAUAUAUCAAUAUAUCUUUGAUUGAAUUCUGAGCUUUUUGUUUUUCCAGCCUCAUUGUAUAAAAGUCAGAGAUUUUAACUGAACAAAGCAGGUUAGAUCUCUUACACCUGUCACUUGUUGGUGAGGCUCAGAAAGGUAGAAGGUACAUUGGUCAAGAACUGUAUUUAAGUUCAUGUUGCAAUACCUAAAUUUGACCAGGAGAUGGCAACAUUGUUCAACCAGUGUUCUGGUUUGUUUCUCUGGGCUGUUACUGUUAUUUUUGUCAUUUGUAAUGCAAAAAUAUCUGGUUGUAGCAUCUCAAAUUUAAAUAUGUGCUGGUUUCCUCAGGCUUGUGUGAUAAUGAAAUGAAAUAUCUCUUUUUUUUUUUUUUUUUUGAUUGUGGUCUGUGAGGAUGCACCAAAUACCCAGGUGACAUAGCUGAAUACCUGCUUUAUGGUAAGAAUUAGUAUUUUUGUCAGUGACUUCUUUGAAUUUGAGUACACACUCACUACUCACUACUUUUUUUUUUAGUAAGCUUUUUUUUUUUAAGGCUAAGACAUCUGGCACACUUGUCCAAAACAUAUCUGAUGAAUGAACUUCAAAACCAGGUGUUUAUGUAUGCACAUGUGUGCAUCUGAUGUGUAUUAUACAGCUGAAUUAAAGUGCAUUUCUUAAAGAUGAA